CAAAACCCUAGUUCAUCACAAUCCCCAACAACUAGAGCAGCUUCCUCUCCAUGGCCGAAACUAAGGACCAAGAUGAAACCACAUUGCACGCCAAGCGCAAAUCCGAUCCCAGCUGCGAAGAAGACCAAGCUGACUACCCCAACAAAUCCCAGAAGCUUCAACUUACCGGCAACAAUUCUCAUGAAUCCUCACUCACACAAGACAACAAAGUCGAAUUACAAGGCAAUGCGGAUCCCCAAGUAGAAGACGAGGAUGACGAGGAGGAAUACGAGGAAGAAGACGGUGAAGAGUCCAAUGGGAAAUCCGAGGCGGACCGCAAGGGGAAGGGGGUUAUGAGAGAUGAUAAGGGCAAAGGUAUACUGAUCGAAGAAGAUGAUGAAAACGAGGAUAGCAGCGACGACUCCUCCUCCUCCAGCAGCGAAGGCGGGAGCGAAUUCGAAGACGGCGACAGCGAUUUGUCGGAUGAUCCUCUUGCUGAAGUCGAUUUGGACAACAUUCUUCCUUCCAGGACUCGGAGACGGCAGGUUCAGCCUGGGGUUUAUAUCCGCAGUGAUAACAACGGAAAAAGCAACAACGAUGACAGUGAUGAUAGCGAUGAUUAGAGUUGAGGAGAGGUCAGUGCAACCAAAUUAUGUUUUCAGAAGUAGUCUGUUACUAGUGUUAGUGCUUUGAUGAUGAGGUCAUGCUAGUUUAUUGCCCUUUCCGAACACAAUCAGGCCAGGGCUGUGGAUACCCUGAUGUAAACUGGAUCUUCUAACUAUCUUUCAUUCCCUGUUGGAUUUAUAUAUGGUAUUUUCUUCUUUUAUGUGAUCAAACUUUAUUGUGUGCAUUCAUAUGGCUUAAUUUGUGUUAGCAUAGCGCUAGAAAUGUGUGAACAAAUUACCGUACCAAUCAGCAAUUUGGAGUGUAAGCUCCAAGAUUAUCAGACUCUGAACUAGGCUAAG